GACAUUUUCAGGCCCUUACAGGCCCAUUCAGGGUCUAUGUUCCAGCAUAAAUAAAAAUGAAUGUUGUUUGAAGACUUUUCCCAGUUUUACAAUGAAGGUGUAACUUACACUUUUGUCCGUAAAGGAAGGUAGAAAAUAGACAAUAUGAUUUCAGAACUGGUCAUCAUUGUAAUCCUUAUUGGUGAUAUAAACACAGGCCCUGGGACUACACUGAACAUAAACCAUAUUGUGAUUGGACGAUGUUAUGAGUACAUUACUCUGGUAAACCCUAGUACUAGAUAUAAAUGCGAAGAGAUAUGGUAUGAAUUUGAGAAAGCAGUGGUCCAGAGAACACCAUGCAGUGUGACAGUGAAAGAUUAUGACACAAUGUUUCAUGCUGCACCUCAGACUCUUCCCUGUGACAAACUGCUGUUGUGGAGCAAGACACGAGAGCUGAUGCAGAGCUACCUAGCUGUACAAGGACGUUUUUGGACGUUGGAAGAUACACUGGUGGGAUUCAUGUUCAAGGACCUCAUCUGGUGUGGUCAAAAGGAAAGAGAAAGAGGCUUUGAUUUUCAGUCUUGUCCAGAAUGGUCAAAGUGUGUGAGUCAUCCUGUACACUCACUGUGGAAAGGAGCAUCACAAAAUUUUGCUGCAGCAGCCUGUGGAAAUAUUACAGUGCUUUUAAAUGGAUCUAUUGAAAAUGCAUUCAACAGGAACAGCAUGUUCGGGAGUGUAGAGCUGGACAAUCUGAACCCCAGGAUGGUGUCCCAUGUCCACAUUAUUGUUGUUCCAAACUUAGAAGGCCCUUUUGUAGAGUCCUGUUCCAAGGGAUCCAUUCUCACACUGGUAGGUGUCCUGCAAACCAGAGGUUUCCACUGGUCCUGCACAGACAGAGGAGCCCCUGCACUCAUGCACUCCUCUCCAUGAUACCAGCCAUACCUGUCUCUACAAGGUCACACAUAAGUGAUGGGCCAGGAGGGGUAUGCACCCACUAUUGACCAGAUAUGGAGGUUUUUUUUACACUCACACACUUUUUUAAUCUAUUGGCAUGUUGCCUCCGCCCAAGUGAAAUCUGCCAAGCAAGGACAAAACACCCAUGCAUUCCCACCCAAGGGGACCUAAUCACACUGUGCACCACACUUAGCAAUAUGAAACACAAGACCUUUAAAAAAAAGAGUGGGGGUGGGGGUCAACACUCAGAAUGAAGGAGCCAGUGCCCAGCAAAUGGCAUGAUGAUUCAACAAAUUGGAGUGUCCAAUUGCUAGGUCUAUAUGUGGUCCUGAUAUGUCAGACCAGAGACAAGGCAUAAAAAGUACCCCAUAGCAGGUGUCAUGAGUGGUUCUAGGGUAGGUAGGCCAAACCACUAGGAACUGACCUAGUGGGAUAGAUAGAUAGAUAGAUAGAUAGAUAGAUAGAUAGAUAGAUAGAUAGAUAGAUAGAUAGAUAGAUAGAUAGAUAGAUAGAUAGAUAGAUACUUACUUGAUUCAUCACAGUGGGAAAUUUACAACAGCCUUUUAGUUCCCAAACUAGGAGCAACACCAAGGAAAUGAAAAGAAAAUAAUAAAAGUAGGGAUCAAAGCAAGGAAAGUUCUUAAAGACACAAAAAGUUUAGACUUAUUUAUUUUUAAACAGUUUUCUACUCUACAUUCCUCUUGAGUGACCUAGCAAUGCAUCCCCCUGCUAAUACAUUUCCUCAGCACCACAAAUUAUAUGUGAGACUGAGCAUGUUUCUCUAUCUCUUAUCUGUAUAUUUUCUGUAUUUCCUGCAAUGACCACUUAACAGUAAAACAUAUAUUUUUAUUCUUUUGAGAUCAAAAACCUUUACUCCGUUCUUAAUUUGGAGAAGCAUCUUUUUCAUAUUUUAUAUAAGCAUAUUUUUUAUUCUUUUGAGAUCAAAAACUGUUACUCCAUUCUUAAUUUGGAGAAGCAUCAUGUAGCCUUACCACCAUGAGCAGGCUAUGCAAAAACUGCUUACCUUAUAGGUGUCACCCACUUUGUACAGCUCUCAUCUGCAGCAACCUGCUUUAAGCUUCGAUUCUCCUUGCUCCUUUCUAAUCAUGCUGGGGUGAACAAAUUAACGUUGUCAAAUAUUCUCAGGGUCUCAGGGUUCUGAUGUCAAAAAUAGACUUUUUAUUAAACAAAACGUCAAGUCAUUCUGCUGAAUAACUGUUAAUAACCUUGGGCCAUCCUUUUAUCUAGUUCUAACACAGUGAUCUGAAGUCCUCUAAGGCAUUGGAGCAUUUCAUAUUAAAUUCAGUGCGAAAUGUUGUAACUUGCUAACUUUGCAAAGCGGAGCUUCGGUGUCACGGAAGCACAACAAUGAAUGAACUAGAUAUUUUGCAGCCCCUCGCGCAUCUCAUGUUUUAUGUUCAUAUUUGUA